AUGCCCCGAACCCAGGCUCUCCAAACUUCCCGGCUGCUCAUGCGAGCUGCGCGGCCGUUGAAUCGCACUUCUUCCAGAAUAGCCUCCCGAUCAGCCGUCUCGAAUUCACAUCCAGCCACAGCGCCUGCACCAUUGCACUGCAAAGCGUUCUCAACAUGCAGCGUCCGAUUCGGGGCACCCACACCAGACACAACCACACCCUCGAAAGCCUCGCCCACAGAACCUACAAAUACGGUAGCAGAGCUAGAUAUCGACGAGUACCACAGAAUAGCAGACAUCUGGCUGGACAAUGCCCUCGCCAAGUUCGAAGACCUCCAAGACCAGGGCGAGGAAAUCGACGUCGAGUUCUCGUCGGGAGUCAUGACCAUCGGCGUAGUAGGGAAGGGGACCUACGUCCUCAACAAGCAGCCCCCGAACAAGCAGAUAUGGCUUUCCUCGCCGAUAUCGGGUCCCAAGCGGUACGACUGGGUUGUCAGCGGCGACGGGCAGACUGGCAGCUGGGUGUAUGCUCGAGACAACUCGACGUUAGACCAACUCAUCCUGGAGGAGCUGGAGGUUGACCUCGAGGCGUCGGACGAACUCUAG